AUGCCCGUUUCCAAACAUUUUGUUCAUUGGUUCACAUAUCUGGUGGCCACCUUCGCCAGCAUCCUGAUUAUCUUUUUCAUAUUUUGGACCAUAGUGAUAGCCUUUAUUGUCGGAGCUUUCUUACCUAUCACAGGAAUUGUUUUUCUGAUUGCUUUAAUUUUCGGUCUUAUCGGAUUCGAUCUCCAAUUACCAGACGAACCGUUUGACGGAAAUAA